AUGGCAGCAGCGAGCACGGCGACCCUCAUCGCGACGGCGAGUCCGUUGACGUCUAUGAAUCCCACUACUACAGAGCACGACUUCCGCUUCCCUCGCCGGCCAGGCGACGCCGCCACCGGCCUCGCAGCUAUCAAGACGGAGCACGGCGCCCCGUCGCCCUCUAGUAUCGCCGGCGCCAGCAACACCCCCUUUAGACCAGCCACGAACGCCAACAGCAGCAGUAACGCCACGACAGUCACCACCCUGCGUGCCGAACCGCACGAUCUCCGUCUCGAUCUUUCAGCCUCGUACGCGGCCGACCCACAACGCCAUGAGCUGUUGCGCUCCGCCGACUUCCCACCGUUUCAGGACGCCGUAGCCAGCAUGGACCAGAGCCCGGACGAGCUGCAGAGGCUGGACCCGCUGGCUGCCCAGGUCUGGAAGUUCUUUACCAAGACCAAGCAAUUCCUUCCAAACCAGCAGCGCAUGGAGAACCUCACGUGGCGCAUGAUGCACUACAACUUGCGCAAGGAAAGACAGGCCGACGCAGCAAGACUGCAAAACCUCCCAGCUUCUUCGCUCAACGCGCCCAGCGGAAUUGCCCAGCUGCGCAAGACUUCGGAACAUGUUAUCCCCCAACACGAUCCAAUGAAUCUGGACGACUUCAUCAACAAUGAACACGUGGGCACCCCGUCCGGCCUGGCUCUGACCCCGACCCCAGAUGGGGCCAGGCAGGUAGACGACAGGUCUACUCACACUACAACGACGGCAAUCCCUAUCAAAUCGCGCAAGGAGUCGUCGAACGCGCAGCACACCGUUCCUCAAUCCGUACCCGUGGCGCCGCACCGCCAGAGGUUGCAAGACGAAUUUGGCUAUAUUGCUCGUCAUCCUCGCAAGACAAGCAUUGACGAGACAAACAGACGUGUAAGUUCCCUGUCCAACCGCAAGCGUCCGGCAAACUUCUCGCCUCAAGUUCCCGCAGUCAACGGCGGGUUUGCAACAAGUGAGCUCGAUGUUGAAUCCGAGCUUCAAGAGUAUUCGCUCGACCACUCAAACCAGAGUGGCAUGGUGCAGCAGUCCAAUCACGCGGGGGUCCCGUUCCGCCUUGAUACAUAUAACAUUGAAAGCGACCCUAUUAUCACCUCGGCCGGCCCCUUCCAACCGGCAUUCAACUUUUCGCCCUCCACCUCCCCAAUGGUCCCCCACGACCACUUCUCUUCCUUGUAUAACGGCUCCGGAAUGCCUUCGACCGAUUACUAUUCUCCCCCCGGGUCGGCUUAUCAGUCCAGCGUUUCCACCCCGCAUCCUUUGAACGACGGCGAGGGCUUCUACUUUGGAUCGAUGGAUAUUCGACAUCCUCGUCAACAACCCUACAGGCCGACGCCGGCUGGCAUGGACAACACUCUGGCCCACCAGUUCCCGUAUGGUGCUAGUGGAAAUUUAAUGUUUCCUGCUUCCACGGGUGCCGCGGACCCCGCUGCCUCGUUCACUGCCCCGAGCUCUUUUGGCCAUGUAGAUCCUACCCAGGUGUUUCAGCAUGAGCACCCAGCUCGCUCUCCCGGCGUUGGUCUGAUGCAAGACAGCAUGUUUUCAUUUGGCGCGGACUCGGAUGCAGACGAGGAUGAGGGCGCUUUUGCUGAUCGCAACAUCCCAGUACCUCCAGAUUUCUCACCGCAAGGUAUGGAUGAGGGCGGGUUUGAUAGCUCGUCGUUGCAGUGGGAUCCUUCUCUCACUGGGAACUUUAAUACCCAGGCCGCAAGGUACCCAGGCGGUCCGCCGCGGAAGCAAGUAACCAUUGGUGGUACAACAACCGACUAUGUGGACGCAAAUGGCGACUGGGAAGGAGGCGCUCUGGGCCGGUCGCAGUCGCAGUCGCAGUCAUUCCGACAGAGCGACGGGCGUCAAGGCAAGGUUCCUCGGGCGGCUUCUACGCCGGGCUUAGCUGGCAUUGGAAAUCCAUUUGACCGUCUUGCCCAGUCGACAUCAAAUUCGCCGCCAGCAGAAGCAUCUGGCUUCUCGUCCGUUGCAGCCAGCCGCCCUUCAUCACCACCUCCUGGAUCGAAGCACGGAUCGACAACGAACCUGCAGGGAGCUGCGGGAAAUCAGGAAAACAGUGCUCCAACAACGUGCACGAACUGCUUUACACAGACAACGCCGCUCUGGCGCCGCAAUCCCGAAGGCCAGCCCCUUUGCAAUGCGUGCGGUCUAUUUUUGAAGCUACACGGCGUUGUAAGACCAUUGAGUUUAAAAACAGACGUCAUCAAGAAACGGAACCGCGGCUCGGGCGGAGGUCUGCCUGUUGGUGGCACCAGUACACGGUCGGCGAAGAAGAACGCCGGCGUCAGCACGUCAACGGCUGCUUCGGGGGCAAACACGAGGAAGAACUCGACUCUCUCCAUUUCCUCGGCUGUUAAUCCCACGCCAGCCCAGGUGACCACGCCGCCAGUACAGAACCGUGCCGGCAGUGUCAACGACAGCGAAAGUCCGGUGAGCGGGCCUGCGUCAGGUGGCAACACGGCAGGCAGCACGCCGACAAGCUACCACGGUAGCGCUGGUUCUUCUAGUGGUGUUGUCGGUGGAAAGGGCGUUGUUGCUAUUGCUGCAGCACCGCCAAAGAAUGUCCCUGGCCCAGGGGCCGCCUCUCUGACGCGUAGUGCAACCAUGGGCUCGAAGCGGCAACGGCGGCAUAGCAAGAGUGCCGGAGGCGACCAGUCAUCAAGCGGAAUGGACAUUGACAGCCCAGAAAACUCAACAGGGUCGAACGAGGCCGCUCGGUCUCUCGGGUCUAGCAACGGCUUUCCUACAAUGCAGUCGACUGCCAGUAGCAUGGGUCUCACUAAUGGUUUUGGCAUAACACAGCGAUCAGUGGUUGGGCCGGGCAUGAUGAGCAUGCCAACCGGCCCUCAGGAGUGGGAGUGGUUGACUAUGAGUCUUUGA